AUGGCGUCAACAGCAAUUCGAUUUGUGUCAGGUACCAAGAAAUCCCCCUUAGGUACCCUAUAUUUACAGUGCCAUGUAAAACCUGGCGCUUCCCGAGUUCGUGAGGGGGUCACCGCCGUCACAGAAGCGACCGUAGAGCUCUGCGUUUCAGCGCAGGCGAAGGAAGGCGAAGCAAAUAAAGCUGUUGUGAAAUUGCUCAGUGGGGUUUUGGGCAUCCCUAAAUCAGACCUCACAAUCACCCAAGGGCUCAAGUCAAGAGAAAAAACUGUUGCAGUAGGCAACAUUCAAGACGGAGAGUCGAGUAUGGCUAAGAUAAGGGAGCAGCUCGAGAAGGCCAUGGAAGAUGGUUGA